AGCCGUGUCAGUCGGUGUCAGCUGUGCCACGCUGGUCGCCAUAUCCCUGGAGCGGUUCUACGCCAUCUGUCAGCCGCUCCGUUCCAGGCGCUGGCAGACGUUGAAACACUCGUACAGGGUCAUCAUGGCGAUCUGGCUGACCUCGGUCAGUCUGAUGAUCCCCAUAGCCGUCUUCAACAAGGACAUCGAACUGCUCAAUGGAGCGCACGCCUGCAGGUGGGAUCCGAUUGAUUUGAACUGUUCGUGAUUAACUUUAAGCUUGCUUUGCGUUUUUAAAAAAUGUUAGUAAAGUCUCAUAGAUAUCGGCUUUACCACUGCCAAAAUAUGUUUUUAAACAUUGUGUAUCAUAUGAAAACAUUACACAGAAAAGGUCAAGUGCUUUGGAAAGGUUACAGGUCAACCGUAUACUGAGUUAUUUCUAAAACACUACAUGUUGUAUCAAAACAAUUUAUAAAGAAUAUGUGUUAUGAUUUCAAACAUGUAGCUGGUUUGAUUUCACGUUUGAAACCAACUAAUCCACUGGGUCCAGUUUUGAUGGCAUUCAUGCAAAUAAAAAUGUUUAAAUCAUGUCAAAUAAAUUCUUAAGAUUUAUUUUGUUGUUUUUUUUCUCGCACUGUCAAAUUGAUUGAUGUUCGGUAUAUUUUCCUUUCUUCUUAUUAUUACAAACAAUUUAAAAAAAUAUACAUACCUGUGAAUUUAUUAUUUAAUUAUAUCAUUUAACCAUGGCGAGUGUGUUUUAUCCAUCAUCAGUACAGAGUUAUUCUUAGCCCAUUUAUUGACUAAUAUAGAACGAGUGAAGAUUCUGAUGAAAAGCAUUGGCCCCAUCAAAAGUUCACUAUUGUUGUGUUUUGCAUUGCAGGGAAAUCUGGCCAAGUCAUUUGUGGGAGUCUAUGUACACAGUUCUAUUGGACUCGGUCCUGCUCGUAGUUCCGUUGUUCCUGAUGGCUUUCUCGUAUGCCAGAGUGGCCAAGGAACUCUGGUCCGAUGUUUGCAUUUCAUCUGGGGAGCCCAGCAGUCCUCUAUCGGGUUAGCAUGUUUGGCAGUGCAUGAUCUGAUUUUUGUAAACGAUAGGCUGUAAAACCGUGACUGGCCCAAUUCGAAGUCGUGAAUUUAACGAAACAAAAUCGUCCACUUUUUAAAAAAAAUGCGAAAUAAACAUUUAGACAUAACCAUUGCUCUUUUAAAAUAUCGAAUGUAUGAAGUUCGCAAAAUUAUAACACAAAGAUUAAUGGAAGAAAAGUGUAAAGAUUAAAUAAUUUUAUGAAUUGAACAUUAAAUUUAACAGUACAUAUUAUUAUUAUUUUUUUUUUGCAUUAUUACAUUCAUAAUUCAUGUAUAUUUAAUUAAGUUUUCAAUGCUGCAAAAAGCAGAGAAAACCACCAUUUAAUAAUCACUAAGCCAUUAGUGUUUUAUAAAUAUGUCGUGUCAUUACUGCAUGUGGUAACCGUACUAAUCCAAAGAUAUUUGCAGACGGAAAUAGGUUAAUAGCAUUAUUAAAAGAUACGUUCUCGGUAGGCUAAGAUGGGUUCUCAGUAGGCCAAGGUGGGUUAUCGUUUGGGUAUUUGACAUUAAAAAUUGUUCUAUACAAGUUUCUCAUGACUAAACCCAUUUAUCAGAAAUUCUAGAGAUGCUGCCAUGUUCCAAGAGUGUUGGUGAGUAACAUGCAGAGCACAUAUAACCUUCACAAACACAUAUAUAGAGAGCAUGCAGAGCACAUAUAACCUUCACAAACACAUAUACAUAGAGGGAGAUCAUUUUUUUCUUUAAAUUGUUAAUGCACAUUUCCUGCACAGUUCUACUGCACGAUCACAGUAAACCACACAGAACACUGUCGUCCUUAAAAGUUAUCUUAUUUUUCUAUACAAGCAAACAUUUGAGUCACUAUGUUUGUUUUUUUUAUACAAUUAAAGAAAUAUAACUUCUUCACUUUUAAUCAGUUAAGUAAAACAUGGCCAGACUGUGAAGGUUAUGAAGUCUCCCAUCCCAGAUUUCCUGUAACACUUUAAAAUUACAUCUUUCUGUUUCGAAGUUCCAUUUCUAUACACAUUUUUUUUUUUUUUGUAGUUAGAGUACCCGCAACGUUGUGUGAUAUAUGCCCAAACCUCAUCUACAAUGAAAUGUUGCAAUGUCGCCUUGAUUUUGUGGACGUUACAAUGUCUCUUUGAUUUACGUGGAUGUUCUGUCUUUCUGAACCCACUACGCCGUAAUAACAUUUUAAAGUCAAUAUUAAGCAGAUAUAGCUCGUUCCUAGAGAAAUUUUUAAAGUUGCCUGUACAUUCGGCUAUAGCAUGAAAAGCAUAAAAAUCUUAAUGUCUCUAUCAUCACAAUUGUUUGGUCGACUCUAAUCCUGGUUCUUAGAUUCAAUCUCAACAUUUACUUCUACUUCAAGCAUGCCUUCCUCUUCCAUGACAUCUAACAAAUCACGUUUAAAAACAAAUAAAUGUUCUCUUUAAAGUAUCAGAAGCAAUAAAACAUAAAUUAUGUUUGAUUACUGCGUGGCACAUGGAUUAUGUUACGAAGAGUUUAAAAAUAACAGUAAUAAUAAUACAGCUGUGUUUUAUAGCGCGGUACCCCCAGCCUGGGGCUUGGAUCACUGCGCUUCACAUAAAAAUUUGCAAAAAUUAACACGACAUUUAAAAAAAGAUUUUAGAAUGACCAGAAUAGUUCAAGGCAAUAUAUAUAUAUAUUUUCUUUUUAAAUUGAAGUCCAGAUUUUUAACGUAACCGUUUUGAAACUAUGAAAAGAUCCUACCUUUAAUGAUGUAUCGCAUUAUACAGUCUUCGCUUUUAAGACGCUGACCAAUUUAUAAAUAUAAUUACAUUUUGUUUGAAUUUGGAGAUUUCUGUACAAUUCUUUUUUACCAAAGCCGUUUCCACCAUUAAACAAGACUAGGAAGCCGUCUUGGGCGGCCAAAAUUUAAGGGUGGCAAAAGGAUAAGGGAGGGGGGGGGGGUUGUUUUUUAAAAAAUCAAAUGGCAAAAAAAUGAACAAAUGAUGAUAAAAAAAUGAUGAAAAAAAGGUUUAAAAAAGUUUAAAUUAUAACUAUUAUUGAAUGUUGAUAGGGGAAGAGAGUGUAGCUACUGAAAAGGGGGGGGGGGGGGGGUUGUUUUUUAAAAAAUCAAAUGGCAAAAAAAUGAACAAAUGAUGAUAAAAAAAUGAUGAAAUAAAGGUUUAAAAAAGUUUAAAUUAUAACUAUUAUUGAAUGUUGAUAGGGGAAGAGAGUGUAGCUACUGAAAGCCACGGGCGGUAAUUUUCCAUUUUCACCAAGGGCGGCAAAAAAACGGUUUAACACCUAGAAACAACACUGAUUUUAACUCCAUGAAACAUUAAUAUGUCCCGGAAGUAAAUCGUUGAGCUUAACCUCGACACAUGUUUUUGAGAGUAGAACAGGAUCAAGACAAUUAUCGUGAGACGGAACAUUUCAGCUGUAAAGAAUUUCCAACUUUAAUGGGUGCAUUAAAUUUUAACCAAUUCGUGUGAAGCAGAGGCAAAAAUGACAUGAAUCUUAUAGAGUUAAUGACUAGGAAGUGGAGAUUGUUCAACUUUUCCUGUGGUGAAUGUUAUCUGACCUUUAACCUUUCACCUCCUAUAACGUUAUGUCUUGCUCAUUAAUAAUAUAAUCAUGUGUUUGUUCAGAGCCGUUCUUAGGAGUUCGGGGGCCCUAAGCAUGGAGCGUAGGUUGGGGGACCCCGAAAAAAGAGGGGGGGCCUUCCCUUCCCCUGCCUCCGAAUUCAAUUCAGAAUGAUACAUUUCAGGAUGAGGAAGGUAACGUGAGUGACACGGACGGCUGCAGUGCCAGUUUAACCAAAAAAAAGGGGGAUCGAGGGCGCCUCACGGGGGCCCCCUCACGUCAGGGGCCCUACUCUGAUGCGUAGUCAGCGUAUGCCUAAGAACGGGCCUGGUUUGUUGCACGCUUAUGUAUUCUGAUAUGACAACUAGUAUAUAAAGGGCCAUAACCUUGAUGUAUUGAGUUAACUUCUCAUCACCAGUCAAUGAAUAGAGCCUACAUUGACAUGGGUCUGUGUGAGAGUUGGGAGCGUGUGUUUGUGUGUUGUUAUUUUAUUUAGAGACUAUGUAAACGUUUCUUGUGCUCACCCCAUCCCUUAAAGCUGCCAGGUUUCUAUGAUUUUUUUUUUGUUGAGGUGUGUGCUAUAGUUUACAUCAUUUAGAAAUUAUUUUUGUUUCCCUGAUACCAGAAAAUAAAUUUGUUUUGUUUUUGUUUGAAAUCUGGGGUUUCUAAAGACUUUCUCAAAUUUUAUGAAAAUCCAAUUCAACACUAAUUAAUUCAAACAUUUUAUUUAUAUUCUCAAUGAAAUCAGCCGCAUCUUUCACCGUCCUACUUAGCUGCCCUAAUUAAAAGUUACAGCUGACAAAUCAGCUUUUUUUUUUUUAAUGGGGAAAAAAAUUGUGGGGGGUCUCUUAACCACGCACACAAACAUACACAUGAGUGUCUACAGUGGUAUCCACUUUUAUUUUUUUUUAAACUGUUAAACAUCUUCCAUACUCCGUCAACAGAAUCGGACCCACAGCGGUUUGACGGCAAAGACCGGCAGAACGGUUUCGCCACGCCAAUCAACCAAUCUCCGCUGAUACCCCGCCGACAUAUAGCACGGAGCGUCUCCAGCGAGUCGUCCAGCGGCAAGCAUCAGCUGCAAGUGCUCCGGCCGGCCUACAACUGCCGAGUGCUGGCCAACAAGAAACGCGUCAUCAAGAUGUUGUGCGUGGUCGUCAUGGAGUACUUCAUCUGCUGGACGCCGCUGUUCCUGGUCAACUCCUGGACGGUGCUGGACUACCUGAGCGCCAGGGAUCACUUCACCCCGCUCCUCAAAACGACCUUCCUGCUGCUGGCCUACCUGUCGUCCUGCAUUCACCCGAUCACCUACUGUUUCAUGAACAGACGCUUCCGUCAGAGCUUCGCCGAUGCGUUCAGGUGCUGCUUCAGGGGCACGCUCAAGGUGCCGAGCUUCUACAGCGAGGCCUCGCACGUCAACGGGGGCUCUGAAAAAUUGACACACGCCGGGCCGUAUGCCGGUCGCAACAUAAAGAUAACCUGGAAGAGGCCGACGUGAUCUUUAAGGUAGAACGGGUAGUGGAAGAGGUGGCCUUAGUCUGCAGUGAACUAAUUGUAUGAGUGAUGGCACUUUUAUGCUGGUCAAACGUGAGCACUUUGUGGAGCGACGUG